CAUAUUUUAUUUCAGCUGAACGGCACUACUGUGCUGUCAUCGGAACGCGACGCGAUAGCAUAUUUCCUGCCUGCCACAGGUGUCGCAACCUCUUGCACUCCGAUGUGUUAAUCCCGCUAUGACCUGCAAUCAACCAAUGCGGAGCAUUUUAUGCUCUUUCUUGGUCUUGCUUUUCGCUGCUCGUGUCAGCAUUGCAACCUACGAAGAUGCCCGUUGCAAAUGCGCUUGUGUCGACCGUUCCGGCUCUCAUAAUGGUACCAAGCCCAUUGGUAAAAUUUAUGUGAGGUCAAUCGCUGCAGACCAAUGCACUUGCGCCUUCAUGCUUGGCAAAGAUUCAGCUCUUUGCCCGUAUUGCGAUUGCAUGUAUCAGGUGCGCAACACCACAACGAUCAAGGUUGUUGUAUGUCUCAUUCUUGUCAUCAUCUCUGCGCUGACAUUGUACAUGGGAUUCCUUCUCCUGUUGGAGCCGCUGUUGUCCCCGCGACGCCGUGGCGGCCGUAACCAGAUAUCGUCGGAAUCUCAUUCGCCCACUUUGGACCUGGCUGCCCGACCCGCACAAUCGAGUGAACCAAAUCACAGUCGGUACUCACUCGAUCUUGGCCCGAAGGAGUUAUGGACGGAUCUGUCAACUGGCCAGCAGUCGACUAAAGGUGAUUCUCCCGAUCAUCCACGACCUCGGCACCGCAUGUUCAAGCCCACUCUCUUAGUGUCUCAGGAUGAGGCGACUGGAUCGCAUCGUACUACUGCAGCAGCAACAGGCGUCUCGACGAUGGUGCGGAAUGUGCGCGACCAACAACAACGUUGGAAGGGCAACGUCGAGGCCCAACGAGCACGUGUAUUUCAAGAGCACACGUUACUAAAUUGA